AUUAUUUUCCCACCCGACGAAUAACAUUAUUUUUAUUGUGUAAAAAGUUGACCUGAAGUGUGCUAUCCAUCACCACAACAAGCAUCUCUUCCAAAAAGGUUCCCUUUAUUGGUUUGCUCCCGAAGCAAAAGUGUGCAUACAAACGAGUCAACAUGAUUGGAGUCAGUUCAUCAAAAGCUUCCAGCUGGUUGUUGACAGUGACCUGCAUCCUUGCAUGGACUGCCAUGGUUGUGGAAGCUGGUGGCAUAUCUGACCAUUGGCGUUUCGUGGAUAUCUUGAACUGUCAUCAUCAUCAAGAAACAAGGAAGUCACUUUCGGAAGAUCUCUACAAUCACAAAGUUAACGAUGAUGAUGUCCAAGAGUCUUAUAUAGCGCAAAGGCUGAAUCAUUUUGCACCCUCCCAUGGACGGUCCUUCCAUCAAAGAUAUUUCUAUUCCACUCGAUUCAUUAUCGAUUCUCAGAAGCAACAAUUUGCCUUUUUGUGCGUUGGCGGAGAAGGACCCGCAUUGACCAAACAAGUCUUGGUUGACAGCGUGCAUUGUUCAGGGGAUAUGUUGGAACUGGCGGGCCGACUACACAAGAGUGGGCAUAGUGUUGCGUUGUUUGCCUUGGAGCAUCGUUACUACGGAAAAUCCUAUCCCGUGUUCUACAAUGAUAGGAAUGAAACAGUGUCACCCGUGACCAACCAAAACCUGGUUUAUCUGUCUUCCCGCCAAGCGCUGUCGGAUCUGGCCCAUUUUGUACAACAAAAGACGCUCGCUGCUCAUUCAAACAGCCUUCAAUGGGUCACCUUUGGGGGCAGCUAUCCUGGAAUGCUGGCGGGAUGGGCUCGUCUCAAGUAUCCUCAUUUGAUUCACGCCGCCGUGAGCAACUCGGCACCCAUUCAAGCCAGUCUCGACAUGCCAUCCUACAAUGAUCGAGUGGGAUUUGACUUGCAGUAUGAACGUAUUGGUGGUAGUCAAGAUUGUCUCCAGAUAUUCCGAGAGGGGCACGCUCAACUCGUUGCCGCGGUGGAGGGUGAUGAUACCGGCUUGAAACAAGACAUUGCAGACGCCUUUCACCUGUGCAAUGCCUCUAUUCUUUUGGACAAGCAGAAUGUCCAGAGUUGGAUAGGUGAUGGAGUUGUCAUGGUACCCGCCCAAUCCAAUGAUCCCACCUGCAAUGCUGAUCACAAUCCACUCUGUAACAUUGACAAACUGUGCUCCUUUGCCCUCCAGCAGCAGCAGCACUCGAACGGCACAUCGAACGCUUGGCACGUUCUCGCUGCCCUGGCCAAACAGCAACAACACAGUGAUGACUGCUUGGAUAUCAACUGGAAUAAAACAUUAGACUACUAUGCCGAUCCCAAAAAGGGAGUACAGGGUGGCCUACGAUCUUGGUUGUGGCAGACCUGCACAGAGUUUGGCUUUUACCAAACCUGCGAAGAGGACUCUUCCUGCCCGUACGCACGGGGGUACCAUACACUGGAGGAAGACUUUGAGAUUUGCAAGUAUGCAUUUGGCAUUGAACCAGAGGAAGUUCGAGAAAGCAUCCAACAAAGCAUUGAAUAUUAUGGGGGGUGGCAAUUGAAGGGGGGCAGUCGGAUUCUGUCCGUCAAUGGAAAUGUGGAUCCUUGGUCCACCCAGGCGCGGGUCAAUAGUACAGAUGAGCUCUUGCCCGUCUAUAACGCCAAGGGGGCCAGCCACCACUUUUGGACUCACCGGGUCAAGGAUACUGAUGAUAUAGAGGUUCAGAAGGCUCGCAAAUUCAUCUACGAGACUGUUCAAAAGUGGUUGGGGCUUGGCAGUGGUACGGCAGACCUUCUGUAAGGAUAGAUUAUAGUAAGCAUGACAAUUGUUUUCC